GUCGGCUGGAAGCGCCAGCGCGCCUGCGCCUUGGCUGCCGGUCGGUUGCUAGGUAACCGCGUCAGGGAGAAGUGGAUCCUAUCCUGCAAGGGCAAGGGGACCCACAACGACGCUGUCCCUAAAGAACCCCUGUGAUUGGGAAGUGAAGUGGAAGAGAGUCCGGAUUUCCUGUGUGUGGUGGAGACAGAUACAUUUUUUGUCUUCAGGAGAGGGAGCGUUUUGUAGGCUUUCUGGGGAUUGAGAUGCUUCCUGCUUCUGCGAAGAUACCCCUUAAGCAACUUCAUAGGCAGAGUAUCUGCAUUGUCAGAGGAAACAGAAAGAAAGAUGAAGAAUCAGGGACAGACGUGGUAGAAGGGACAGAUGAAUGGAACCAUUCCAAAGCCGCAGUUAGACCCCCAGACCAGCUGGAGUUGACUGAUGCGGAGUUAAAGGAGGAAUUCACUCGGAUUUUGACGGCCAACAACCCACAUGCACCCCAGAACAUUGUCAGGUACAACUUCAAAGAAGGCACAUAUAAGCUUAUUGGCUUUGUGGACCAACUGGCUGUUCACUACACUCAAGCUGGGAACUUGAUCCCCAAAGACUCAGAUGAAGGCCGGCGGCAGCAUUACCGUGCUGAGUUAGCGGCAGGUUCUCAAGAGUCUGCCAAGUUGAUUAUUUCAGAAGAAAACCUUGAAGAAGAUGAAGAGCCCAAGGAGUUAGAAGCUGAAGCUGGAAGUCAGACAGAUGUACCUGCAGCUGGGGCAGUUGAAAAAGUGACUGAAGAAGAAAUGAUGACUCCUAAGCAGCCCAAGGAGCUGAAGCUCACUAACCAGUUCAACUUCAGUGACAGGGCCUCACAGACCCUCAACAACCCUCUCCGGGAUAGAGAAUGCCAGAUGGAGCCUCCUCCCAGAACAAACUUUUCAGCCACAGCCAAUCAAUGGGAGAUCUAUGAUGCCUACAUAGAGGAGCUCAAGAAGCAGGAAAAGACCAAAGAGAAGGAGAAGACAAAGACCCCAGUGGCUAAAAAAGCAGGGAAGAUGGCCACAAGGAAGCUGACAUCUAUGGAAUCCCAGAGUGAUGAUAUCACCAAAGUGUCCCAAGCUGCUAAAAUCGUGGAGCGGAUGGUCAACCAGAAUACAUAUGAUGAUGUUGCUCAAGAUUUUAAGUACUACGAGGAAGCUGCUGAUGAAUUCCGGGACCAGGAGGGCACCCUGCUGCCUCUCUGGAAGUUCCAAAACGACAAAGCCAAGCGCCUGGCCGUCACCGCCCUCUGCUGGAAUCCAAAGUACAGAGAUCUGUUUGCAGUGGGACAUGGCUCAUAUGACUUCAUGAAGCAGAGCCGAGGCAUGCUGCUUCUCUACAGCAUGAAGAACCCCAGCUUCCCUGAAUACAUCUUCAGCAGUGAGAGCGGCAUUAUGUGUCUCGACAUACAUGUGGACCACCCCUAUCUGGUGGUGGUGGGCCACUACGACGGCAACGUGGCCAUCUACAACCUCAAGAAGCCCCACUCCCAGCCCUCCUUCCGCAGCUCAGCCAAGUCUGGCAAGCACACGGACCCAGUAUGGCAGGUCAAGUGGCAGAAGGAUGACAUGGACCAAAACCUUAACUUCUUCUCCGUGUCAUCUGACGGCAGGAUUGUGUCUUGGACGCUCGUGAAGAGUGAGCUGGUUCACACAGACGUCAUCAAGCUGAAGGUGGAAGGCAGCACCACAGAAGUUUCUGAGGGGUUGCAGCUACACACAGUGGGCUGCGGCACCGCCUUUGACUUCCACAAAGAGAUCGACUACAUGUUCCUAGUGGGCACAGAGGAGGGAAAAAUCUACAAGUGCUCUAAAUCCUACUCCAGCCAAUUCCUUGACACCUAUGACGCCCACAACAUGGCAGUGGAUGCUGUGUCCUGGAACCCAUAUCACACCAAGGUCUUCAUGUCCUGCAGCUCCGACUGGACAGUGAAGAUCUGGGACCACACCAUCAAGACCCCAAUGUUCAUCUAUGACCUGAACUCAGCUGUCAGUGAUGUGGCCUGGGCACCAUACUCUUCUACUGUGUUUGCAGCAGUCACCACUGAUGGGAAGGCCCAUGUGUUUGACUUGGUCAUCAACAAGUAUGAGGCGAUCUGCAAGCAACCCGUGGUGGCCAAGAAGAAAAACAAGAUCACCCAUGUGCAGUUCAAUCCCAUCCAUCCCAUCAUCAUUGUGGGUGAUGACCGUGGACACAUCACCUGCCUCAAGCUCUCACCCAACUUACGCAAGAUGCCAAAGGAAAAGAAGGGACAGGAGGUGCAGAAGGGUCCGGCUGUGGAGAUUGCAAAAUUGGACAAACUGCUGAACCUGGUGAGGGAAGUAAAAACCAAGACCUGAGGGCCUGCCCUCAGUCCCUGUCCAAUUUCUUGAACCCAGAACUUGUAGUGCCUGACUCUAGUACCCAGUCCAACCUUAGCACCCAGCAUGUGACCCCAUCCCAAUCAAGUCCCAGCAUCUGCCCUUCUCAUUUUGCUCCUUAAGGUCCCAGCAUCUUACCCUGGGGCUUAGCCCUCAACAACCAUUACCCUCUCUUAUUUUGCACAAAUAAACCUAUGUCUAGAAACCCAC